AUGAGCGACAUUAUCCAGGUCCUUCCGAACAUCGACACCGAGCCAUUCGAAAAAGUGCUGGAACGCCUGGAAAAGGCCAACAUCAGCAGCAAUGACUUGAUGACCCUCGGCGCCGUCGAUGUCGCCCGCCGCGCCGACGUGUCUAUCGACCAAGUCCGCGAACUCACCGCAUCCUUGAUCACCCAGCUCCAUGCCCAGCUCGGCUUCGACACGCUCGAGAAUAGUCGCGUCAAGGAGGGAGAUGGCCCUGCCAAAAGAGCAAAGGAAGAUACAACAUGGUCACACAUAAGCACUCUAGACGACGACCUUGACGCAGCACUUGGAGGAGGCUUNCCUGCUGGCCAAGUCUGCGAAAUCACUGGAGAGAGUGCAGCAGGCAAGACCCAGCUGCUCUUGACCUUGCUCCUCGCUGUGCAACUAGCUCCACCCAAGGGGCUUGGCAAGAGUGCACUGUACUUGUCCACCGAAGCACCACUGUCGACCACCCGUCUGAACCAGAUCUUGACAAGACAUCCAUACCUCUCCUCUCUGUCCGACUCCAAAAAGCCUUCUCUUUCCCGUGUUCAGAGCACUCAGCUCCAAGACCUCGAGUCCCAGGACCAUGUUCUACGUUACCAAGUGCCUGUACAAAUUGCCCGAGCCAACGUCGGUCUCAUCAUCGUCGACUCGGUAGCAGCCAACUUCCGCGCAGAGUUCGAUCGUGCUGGCGCCAACUCGUCUGAUGCUCUGGCUCGCCGCAGUCUACAGUUGACCCAACUUGGCGCUCAUUUGCGCGACCUCGCUCGUUCUCAUAAUGUCGCAAUCGUUGUUGCCAACCAAGUCCUCGAUCGCUUCGGCCCUGUAGCUUCCCUUUUCGAUGCUACUGCAACGCCUUUGUCGCAGAACUCUGUUGCCACACAAGUCUCGAGUAUCAACAACAAUACUUCCGCACCUCCACCACCGUCACAACAGCCCCAGCUACUGCUCUCCACAAACGACCCCUUGUCUUUGGAUCACCAACAACGCUUCUUCACAGGGUGGGGUGACCACCGUUUCAUGCGCGACCUGAAAACUCCUUCACUGGGCUUGACCUGGACAAAUCAGUUGUCAGCACGUAUUGUACUGCUCAAGCAACCUAUCCUCAAGCCACAAGAUUAUCUGCUAGGACCAGGUAUGGAUAUCGUUGGUUGGAAGCGCCAUCUCAAAGUCGCCUUUUCGGCUUGGUCGCGUGAUGACAACGGCACGGAUGGUGUCGAGUUUGAGGUCUGCGAGGAAGGCAUCAGGUCGAAGAAACCAGAAGAUAGCACAGGCACGUCCGAUGAAGCUUGA